UCGGUGCUGGCUGGGCGCGCAGGGGGCGGGGGCCGCGGCUCGCCCCCCGCCGAUGAGCCGCCGUGGAGCGCGGGCGGACGAUGGAACUCCACAUCCUGGAGCACCGGCUGCAAGUUGCCAGCGUCGCCAAGGAGAGUAUCCCGCUCUUCACCUACGGCCUGAUCAAACUUGCCUUCCUGUCCUCCAAGACCAGGUGCAAGUUCUUCAGUCUGACCGAGACGCCGGAGGAUUACACCAUCAUCGUGGAUGAGGAGGGGUUCCUGGAGCUGCCGUCCUCGGAGCACCUGAGUGUGGCGGACGCCACCUGGCUGGCCCUCAAUGUGGUGUCAGGCGGCGGCAGCUUCUCCAGCUCCCAGCCCAUCGGCGUGACCAAGAUCGCCAAGUCGGUCAUCGCCCCACUGGCCGACCAGAACAUCUCCGUGUUCAUGCUCUCCACCUACCAGACCGACUUUAUCCUGGUGCGUGAGCGUGACCUGCCCUUCGUCACCCACACCUUGUCGUCAGAGUUCACCAUCCUGCGGGUCGUCAAUGGCGAGACGGUGGCAGCCGAGAACCUCGGCAUCACCAAUGGCUUUGUGAAGCCCAAGAUGGUCCAGAGGCCCGUCAUCCACCCGCUGUCCAGCCCGAGCAACAGGUUCUGUGUCACCAGCCUGGACCCCGACACGCUGCCCACCGUUGCCACACUCCUCAUGGAUGUCAUGUUCUACUCCAACGGAGUGAAGGACCCCAUGGCUGCCGGCGACGACUGCGAGCACAUCCGCUUCUUCUCCUUCUCCCUCAUUGAGGGCUACAUCUCCCUGGUGAUGGACGUGCAGACCCAGCAGAGGUUUCCUAGUAAUCUGUUGUUCACGAGUGCAUCUGGAGAGCUCUGGAAGAUGGUGCGGAUUGGAGGGCAGCCCCUGGGAUUUGAUGAGUGUGGCAUCGUGGCCCAGAUCUCCGAGCCCUUGGCUGCCGCAGACAUCCCCGCCUACUACAUCAGCACGUUCAAGUUUGACCAUGCCCUGGUCCCGGAAGAAAACAUCAACGGUGUCAUCAGCGCCCUGAAAGUCAGCCAAGCAGAGAAGCAUUAGAAGGACCUCUUCUGCCCUCCCCUUCUGCCCCCCAGGCCUUGGCCUGGCCCCCACCCCGAAGAUGAUUCUUGCAGUAUUUCUCAACAGACUGGAAAACUGACCCCGGGGCUCCCAAAGAAGGAGCCUCUGGGAGAUGCCCUGGAUUGCUGACCCCGCCAGGCCUGGGGCCCACGCCAAGGCCUCCCGGUGCCCUCCUGCCUUCCCGGAGCCCCCAGACCCUCCAGAGAACCCCCUGUCUCCUCCUCCCACCCCCACCCCAGAAAAUGAUGUCUGAGACCCAGGGAGCUCAUGAACUGACCCCCCUUCUCAUCCCACCUCGCCCACAGCUGGGGGCAGAUGCUGAAGGAAGCUGGCACCUCCUACAAGACACAGGGGUACUGGUUCUCUUGUCAUCUUGUGGGGCUUGCUGAGCAGGGCUGAGUUCAUGGAGCCUGGGAAGGCCCCCGUGAGGGCAGGGGCUGGACACUGGUCGCUGGUCUCUGGUUCCAUCAGCUCGGGGCUGGUUCCCACAGAGUGGAGGCCAGUGGGUGGCUCUUGGGUCAUGUGCUGGUGAGGCUCUGAUGGAGCCUGGGUGGGUCCUGAGCUGGGGAGGACCCGAGCCACCCAGAACCUCACCUGCCAAUCACAGGGCCUGCGCCCUGACUCCCAGCAAGACUGCCAGGGGGCCCUGUCCAGACCGUCCCCACCACAAGCGCUCACUCCUGGAGGGGGAGGCGGGUCCCAGGAGACCCACCAGCCUGGGGCAGUCCUGUCCCCUCUGGUUUCCCUGGACCCUACUCCGGCAGGCAGAGCCUCAGUUUCCCCCAAGUGGGGGCAUCCCCAGCGUCCUGGGCCUGGGGUUUCUUAGGUCACCCCCACCUCCCCAGCAGUUGACCAGCACAGGGCUCCCCCAUUGUCACACCUCCUCCCCUCCCCCACUUUUAGGGGACAUGGAAGGCCUCUGCCCCCAACUCACCUGCCUGCCUGCCCCUCAGUCUGGGGACUGGCAUUCAUGAGUACUUGACCUGGGAGGCAGCUUAUCUGAGCCUUAAUAGAGAAAACCAUACCUUGUUUUAGUUUCUUAUUUAAUGUACUUGUGCCCAGGCUGCAGUGGGCAGCGUUUUCAGGGGUCGGGGCCUACUGAGUUCUGUGAGGCGGCCCCAGAGGCUCAGCGUCACCUGGCUGGUGCCCUGUGGCUCCAGGGACAAGUGCGAGAAUCAGGAGCUGUUGUGGGGGUCUUGGCCGUCUCUUAGGAGCAGGAAGCU